GUUAACAGUUAACACAGUUCUACUUUCGAUUUCGAUCUUCACCGUACCAUUCUCUCCCCUACAAUCAUAUAUAAUCACAAAUUAACCAACACCAUGAAGCAAACUGUGGUGCUCAAGGUGUCCAUGGAUGGGCAGAAGUCUUUUCUCUGUAUUAUGGCUGGACAGGAGGCCCGCACCAAAGCCAUGAAGAUUGCAGUUAGCGCUCCAGGGGUGGAAGCAGCAAGUUUGAAAGGGCAGGACAAGGACCAGAUAGAGGUGAAGGGGGAAGGGAUUGACACUGUCAAACUUACGACGCUGAUCCGGAAGAAAGUGGGGCAUGCAGAUAUAGUAAGCGUGGCGGAAGAGAAGAAAGAAGAGAAGAAAGAAGAGAAAAAGGAUGGGGCGGCAGUGCAAGUGGUGUGUCCGUACACGAGUGGUGUGCCUAAUUUCCACCCAAUCUAUCACGGGAUGAACCAGGAGUACCCCAACAAUCCUUCUUGCUCCAUCUUGUAACUAUUAAUUUAUUUAUCAAUAUAUUGGGAGUGUAAUUUCCAUACAUAUCUUGUCAUCACUUUCUUACCCUAAUACCAAUUACAAGCUAGUUGAAAACUUGAAAAAGUUGCAAGCUAGCAAGUUUGUACGUCACUUUCUCUUGGUGCUACUGUUUAUCAUUUAUGGUUGCAGAGAAUUAACACCUUGUUGCAUGGUAAUACUUUCUUGACCGAAGAGAAGGUGAUAUCUAGAAUCAGAUGAGAAGUAAAAAUUAGGAUCUUGGCUAAGUUUACUCUAAGAUUCUCCUUGUAAUUAAUGUUUGAGUUGUUAUAAUUCAAAUGAGAACUAGUGAGUUUUUUCUGUUUCGGUUGUAGCUGAUUCUGCAGUUUGGUUGUAUCUAGUUGGAACGCUUGUAUUCAAUUUGAUUGGAGAGUUUGUACU